CGCACGAUCACGAUGACGCGCUCCCGGAUCCUGGCGACGCUGGUCGCGCUCCUGGCGUUGGCCGGGACCGCAUCCGCGCGCAUCCAGGUCGAACCCGUCGAACGCGAUGGCCGAGAUCUCAUCCCCAUCGCCAUGGACUUCGGCUUCGAGCAAGGAGGCUCCAUCGAGAUCAGCAUCAAGCACCCGGUGCACCUGUUCACCGUCGAGGGCGCUGACCCGGUCGACAAGACCCGCUACGGAUUCUUCAUCACCGCGUCCAAGGCUGACACCGCGCUGGAGAACGACAUCGCCAAGGGCGGGUGCCUCCUCGACGACCUCGAUCACACCCUCGUGCUCUUCACCUUCGAGGACAUGCAGUCGCAUCUCUCCAAGGACGGCGACGAGUACAAGUUCUCCUACACCAUCGCCGAGGGUAAGGCUGGCGAGUACUCUCUCUACUACACCAAGUGCGUGCCCAACUCUGCCGUUUCGUUCACGAUCACCGUGGAUCUGUACAACACCUUGCCGAACGGCGACAAGGACUACCUGAGCGCGGGGGAGAAACCCUUGCCCACGAUGUACAUGUUCGCCUUCUUCACCUUCGCCGCGGCGGCGGUGGUGUGGGCGUGGGUGCUCUUCAACGCCAAGCAGACGCAGCCCGGCAGCGUCAAGAGGAUCCACUGGCUCAUGCUCCUGCUCGUGUGCGUCAAGUCGCUGAGCGUGCUGAGCAAGUCGUUCAUGUACCACGUGAUCCGCGUGCACGGCGACCCCGACGGAUGGAACGUCGCGUUCUACAUCUUCUCCGCGGCGAAGGGCCUGAUGUUCUUCACCAUCGUCGUCCUCAUCGGGACCGGCUGGAGCUUCCUCAAGCCGUUCCUCAACGAGCGCGAGAAGCAGAUGCUGAUGCUCGUGAUCCCUCUGCAGGUGUUCGCCAACAUCGCGGCGGACAUCGUCGACGCCGACGGCCCCGCGCUCGCGGGCUGGCUGGAGUGGCGCGACCUCUUCCACCUCCUCGACAUCGUCUGCUGCUGCGCGAUCCUCUUCCCAAUCGUGUGGAGCAUCAAGCACCUGCGAGAGGCUGCCAUGACUGACGGCAAGAAGGUUCGCAACAUGAACAAGCUCAUCCUCUUCAGGCAGUUCUACGUCAUGGUGGUCGCGUACAUCUACUUCACCAGGAUCAUAGUGUUCCUGUUGAAGUCCACGGCGGCGUAUAACCUCACGUGGCUCGCCGAUUUCGCGGCCGAGGCGGCGACGCUCGCAUUUUACCUCACCACCGGGUACAUGUUCAGGCCGGUGGUGGAUAAUCCGUACCUGCACCUGAACGAGGACGAGCUGGACUUGGAGGAGAUCGAGAUGCGCGUGGAGGAGGGCAGGAGCCUGUGAUGAUUCAUCGGGAGCCUCGAUCGCGACGAGAAGUCCUCGGAUCCGACCGGGUUUGGGGAGGGGUACUCGGGUUUGGGGAGAUUGUUUUUUUUGCUAGGAUUAGGAUGAUGGGCGAGAGGGGGCGCCCGCGCGUCCCUUCUGCCGCGUGACAAUGACACCACAGCGCGGUGCGCU